AUGAGAACAGCCUGGCCAGAAAUGGAACUCACCCAGCUCUCGUCCGUGUCUCCAGUCACCUUGAGCUAUGACUACUACUACGAGGACAACUGCCAGUAUCAGCACCUGCAACAUAUGUCUACUUUCCUCCCUAUCCUGUACACUGCUGUGUUCCUGGUGGGCAUUGUUGGCAACUCAGUCCUGAUUGUAGCCUUGGUCUUCAAGCGACGGGUCCAGAGGCUGAUUGACGUCUUUAUCAUCAACCUCGCUGCGUCUGACUUCAUUUUCCUCAUCACGCUGCCGUUCUGGGUGGACAAGGAGGCAUCGGAUGGGAGCUGGAGGGUAGGAUCUUUCCUCUGUAAAGCUAGUUCCUAUGUCAUCUCAGUCAACAUGUACUGCAGCAUCCUCCUCCUCACUUGUAUGAGUGCUGACCGAUACCUGGCUAUCAUGCACCCCUCUACUGCUAGACGGAUCAGAACAAGAUCCUAUUCCAGAGCACUCUGCAUCGGUGUCUGGUUGUUAUCCUGCUGCUUGGGGAUGCCAACCCUCUUGUCUAGAGAACUGAGGAAGCAAUAUGGAAAGACAUACUGCACAGACAAAGCCAUGACAGACGUCAAACAGAUUUCAUCGCUGAUGCUUUUAAUCCUGGCCUUCUUCUUCCCUCUGUUGAGUAUCUUAACCUUUUACUGCUCUAUCACCAAGAGACUCUGUGUGCAUUAUCAGAAGACUGGGAAACAUGAUAAGAAACUGAGAAAAUCCAUCAAGAUCGUCUUCAUUGUAGUGGCAGCUUUUGUUGUCUCCUGGGUUCCCUUCAAUCUGUUCAAGCUCAUGGCCAUCCUUCUGGGACUCCUGAAGCAGUCUGACUGUUUUUCCAACAUUGUUGCCCAACUGGGCAUGCAGGUGAGCAGCCCUUUUGCUUUUGCCAAUAGCUGUGCCAACCCUUUCAUUUACUAUUGCUUUGACAGCUACAUCCGCAGAGCCAUGCUCCAGUGCCUGUGCCCACGGGUGAAAAUCAGCAGCAGCAGCAACAACUCUGAUACUCUGGACACUCGCCUCAGCCACUCCUUAUCCAAUUUUGUGGCGGGGGAGUAUGCUGCUAGGAAGAGGAAGCGCUCUGUGUCCCUCUGA